AUGCCUCCACGACCAAAAGUACCGCUGGCGCGGCCCAAUCCUUUGAGGAAUAUGAAACCGAUUAAAGCACCUACUGCACUCUCUCGAAAAGCUGCCAUGGGUGCUGCAAGAGGCAAAACACGACCAGCUUGUCCAAAUCCACAAUGUACUAACCCUCAAAUCGAAGAUGGUGUAUGUCAUAACUGCGGUACUGUGGUUGAUGAUUCAAAUAUUGUUUCAGAAAUUCAAUUCGGGGAAAGUAGCAGUGGUGCUGCAAUCGUUCAAGGGAGUCAUGUUGGUGCGGAUCAAGGUGGUGCUCAAACCAUGGGGCCUGCCUUUAGAAGAGCUGGUGGAGGGGAAAGUAAUAAGGAGAAUACUCUUCGCGAAGGAAAACGUGUCAUGCAAGCUUUAGCAAAUCAACUUGGAAUUUCGGAUCAAGUCGUCGGUGUUGGUCAUCAAAUCUUCAAACUUGCAUCGAUGAACAAUUUUAUUCAAGGUCGUAGAACGGAUCUUGUGGCAGCUGUUUGCUUGUACAGUGCCUGUAGAAAGGAACAGCCAUGCAGAGUUAUGCUUAUUGAUUUUGCCGACAAGUCCCAGGUUAACGUAUUCACACUCGGUAAAUAUUUCAAAGCUCUUCACAAGCAGAUUUCAUUGGCUACGGAUGGCAUUUUACCAGUUCUACCCGAAGAUUUGAUCUGGAAAUUUGCUUCCAAACUCGAGUUCUACGAACAAACCGAAAAGGUCGCCGAUGAUGCAAUUCGUAUGGUUCGAAGAAUGAGUCUGGAUUGGAUGGUUAUGGGAAGAAGACCUUCUGGUGUCUGUGGUGCUUGUUUAAUCCUAGCGGCACGAAUGAAUAAUUUUCGUCGAACAGUCACCGAAGUAGUUUAUGUCGUCAAAGUCACAACAGCCACUAUUCAAAAGCGUUUAGAGGAAUUCAAGAGAACACCAAGUAGUGCACUUACUGUUGAAGAAUUUCUCAACAACGAGUUCUUGGAAUCUGCACACGACCCUCCUUCAUUCUACCAAAAAUCUGAAGCCUACCUCAAAGAAAUGGAAGAAAAGAAGAAGAAGCGCAAGCGAAAGGGCAAAGGUAAAGCAAGUGAGACCCACGAAGACAAUGCGGAGGAUACCGAAGAGGAAAACGAUGAAAGAAAUAAGAGACAGAAGUCUACUUCUGGAGCUCCAGUACCAUCAGGAGAAGUACGACGCGAUGCCGAUGGCUAUGCUAUUCCUGCAAUUCCUACCUCCCGAGAGGAAAACAUUGAUCCACGACUUUUGGACGACGCCAUCGAAGAUGAAUCAGGUACAUCGUUCAACAAACUUGUUGCUGAGUUUGGCGACGUUGAGCCUGCCGAUGCAGAAGCUGCCAAAGAACUCGAAGAACACGCCGGUGCACACACUAGAGGCCCGGGUCGUCCACGAAAUGAUGAACCUCCUAUCGAAAUGCCAGAGGAAUGGCUCGCUGUAGAAGAUGAACUCGAGCAACAAAUUACAGAAAUGGUUUCCGAUCCUCAUACUCAGGAGCAUGCAAUUAGUUUUGCUAUAGCCCAAAAGAAAGCACAUAUUCACCUUCUCUACGCGGAAGCAAACCACCCUCAAAAGUAUGUUAGCAUGGAUACUCACAUCGGAGAGGAUGAAUUUGCUGAUGACGAAGAAGUCAUUAAUUGCGUAUUACCUGAUGCUGAGGUUGCUAAGAAAGAACAAAUUUGGCUCAAUGCAAAUAAAGAUUGGCUCCGCAAACAACAACAAAAGGAUUUCGAAAAGAGAAAGGCUGCUAUGGGUCCACCAAAGAUUACUAGAGCGAGAAAGAAGAAACCAAGAAUUGGAGAAGGGCAAACUAGUGUAGCUAGUACACCAGCAGAAGCAGCUGUCAACGCAAUGAAGGAAAGAAGUUGGAGUAAGAAGAUCAACUAUGAAGCUAUCAGAGAUAUUUUCAAGACUGUUGGCACUAGGUCUGGACCUGGUAGUGUCGCUACGGGAAGUAAAGUUACCAGUAGAGAUGCAUCCACGGCUCCCGGUUCAGUUGCAGGUAGUAUUGUCGAUGGCGAGGAGGAAAUCGUCGAAGAAGUUGAGGAUGAGACAAAUGAGCCGGCUGGUGACGAUUGGAGAGGUGAAGUGAAUGGGACUGGUAAUGGUUAUGAUGAAGAUGACUAUGAUGAAGACGACGCAAUGGGUAUGGGUGAUAUUGAUGAAGAUGAGUUGUAUGGUUGA